AUGCACGGCUCAAUCAAUUACUUACUUCUAACCUUGUUUCACCCCCACCUCGUCUUAGGAAGCUUCAGUUUAGAUCCCAAAGCCAGCGCCGAUGCAGCCUCGGAAGGGGCAAGACAGCUUGACGUGCUUGGAGCCGACCACCAACAUUCAUCGACUCUAUCACAGUUGCUUCCCGAUUCCGCCCAUGAUCAACUUCAAGAGAGGGUCAGUCUGCCUCUCCAAGUGCACUCAAGCACAAUACCGCUGGAAAAAACAAGAGGUUUGGAAAAGCCUUCCACCUCGGGUGAUUCAAUCUCCAGUGGCUUCAGUCAAGGGAGGAAAAGACUGGCAGGUGAACAGCUGGGUUUCCAACCUAAAGGAGAUGGCCACAUUCGUCAGUCUGCUUCAAAGAAACUGAAUCUAUCCUGGACACCUCGUGUGAAGCAAGAAGACCUCAAGAUCUUCUUGGGUCCAUCAGAGUCCACAUUGAAGGAACCGGGUCCUGAUGAAGGAAUGAAUUCACAACAGGCGCCUCUCCGAGACACAAGUAAUAUUCAAGUAAAUCAUCAAGACCCAAGUUUUACACCUCGGGCAAACUCUGCGGACCAAGAUGCAGGAAAAUUGACAGGGUACAGUCCGGUGAACAUGGAACUUAAAGAGAAAUCGAUCAGCAUGUUCGAAAAUCUUUGA